AUGGGCCGUGGGAAAUUAACUAUUAAACACAUUCAAGAUUGGAAAGCUCGGAAAUCAAGUUUCAAUCAGAGAAGCAAUGGAUUGGCGAAAAAAGUUUCUGAAUUUUCUAGCAAAUUUGGAGUUGAAGCUUGCUUAAUUGUGUAUGAUGGUGAUGGUAGACUAUUGACUUGGCCGCAAAACUCCAUCGUUGUACAAUCCAUUCUUAAAACGUACGAGCUUCAAAAGAUUGAGACAACUCCGAAGAUCUUUGAUGUGAAGGACUAUUUUGCAAAUAAGAAGAAUAAGGUUGAAGGUGAGAUUUCCAAAGUGCACAAAGAGAUUGUGAUGAAAAUGUAUCCAACUUGGCACCCAUGCUUCAUGAACAUGGAUGGGGAACAACUCAAAACUUUCAUUGGUAUUCUAGAUGCCAAGAUUCAAGCUUGUAAUCACAAAAUUAGCAUGCUAAAGAAAAUGCAACAAAGAACUGAAAAUGGUUUCAUGCUAAACACUACUCAGAUGCAAAAUGUGGCUCCAAAGAAUGUUGUCUCCACACAUUUGAAGCCACUUAGUGAUACUAAUCGACUUGGUGAAGUUGAAGAAUUGGAUGAUUUUAUGGAUUGGGCUAAUCAAGUACUUGAUAAUGUUGCAUAUUUGGAUGAUCCAGUUACUAAACCUGGUCAGGAAUGGGAAACUCAAUUUAUGGAUUUUGAUGCUUUGCCGGAAACAAGAGAUGGAUUUUAA